CCUAGAAGAAACUAGGUACAAGUGACAGGUACAGAAGCUACUGGCCCUACCGCCUUAGAACAAGGCUGCACAGCGGGAGCUCCUCCGCCUUUCUGCCAUCCUCAUCAGAACAUUCACUUACAACCACAAGACUACACGAUUCACUGGAAAUACUACGAGCCUUCCAAAUCAACCCCGCAGCUUGAGGACAUUUAAGCUUGUCCUUAGCUGCCCCGGAGUCUCAACAUAAAUGGUUUUCUCUAGGUGACCUCAAGGCCGACCCGACAUCCGCCAACAUGGGACAAGGCUUCUCUUUAACAGCUCUCGCCGCUGGGUCUGCGGGAAUAGAUGUACAGGAUCUGAACGAUUUGGUAUAUGAAAAAUCUAUGGGAAAUGCGCGGUUUAUGAAGAGUAUUCGUGCACGCCAUCGGGAUGGAGUAGUACUCGUCAAGGUUAUGGUCAAGCCAUAUCAGAUGCGACUGGAAAAGUAUAGGAACCGGAUCAUACGUAUGUAUAACCUCCAAUUUCCCUCCAUGCUAUCAUCAUACUAAUUAUGUGGCAGAGGAAAGGAAAGCCCUGGCUGAUGUGCCCAACGCCCUUGCCUACCAACGAAUCGUCGAGACUGAAACGAAUGGGUAUCUUGUUCGCCAGUUCCUACACAGCUCCCUCUACGAUCGCAUAAGUACUCGACCAUUCCUAGAGGAUAUUGAAAAGAAAUGGAUUUCAUUCCAGCUUCUCUGUGCUCUGCGCGAUUGCCAUAUGCGAGACGUCUUUCAUGGAGAUAUCAAGACGGAGAAUAUAUUGGUUACCUCAUGGAACUGGGUAUACCUCUCGGACUUUUCGUCGUCGUUCAAACCUACGUUCAUGCCAUCAGACAAUCCGGCCGAAUACCAUUACUUUUUUGCUACAUCAAUGAAAAGAGGUCCUCAGACACAGCCAUGUUACACGGCACCGGAACGAUUUGUUGCAUCUGGAGAAGUAGCGAAUCCCGAGGCAGAUGUGAAUUGGGCGAUGGAUAUAUUCAGUGCAGGAUGUGUAAUGGCAGAGUUAUUUCUUGAAGGGGCCGUCCUUACUCUGGAAGGAUUAUUCAAGUACCAAAGAGGAGAUGUCGAUUUUGUCAUGACGCAACUCAGUCGAAUUGCAGACAAGGAAGUUCGAGCUAUGAUUACACACAUGAUCCAAGUUGACCCUGAAAAGAGGUACUCGGCUGAUGAAUAUUUGGAUUUUUAUAAGAACAAGGUGUUUCCGGAAUAUUUCUACAGCUUCCUCCACCAGUAUAUGGGUCUGGUUACAGAUCCGUCAUCUGGCAGGAAUCCAAUAUCCGGAGCGACUGCAAAUCUGGGAGAACCUGAUGAGCGCAUAGACCGGGUUUAUUAUGACUUUGAUAAGAUAUCAUACGCCCUGGGUUAUGAACCAGAAAUUCUAGAGAAACAGAAGCCCCCUUCCUCGGGUAAUGGUCUCGCCCUGUUCCCUCUUCAUCUCAACAUCCCAAAUAACGAACGCCAACUUACAAGUUUUACUGGAAAGAAACCAGCUGAGGAUGGCACACCAAUAUUCCUCUCUUUGGUUACGUCGUCCCUUCGAAAUACUGCUCGGGCGACAGCCAAAAUCCGGGGAUGUGAUCUUCUCCUUGCUUUUGCCGCGCGAAUGACCGAUGAGGCAAAACUUGACAGAAUCCUUCCUCAUCUUGUGUUGUUACUCAAUGACGAAUCGGAUAUGGUGAAGAUUGCUGCAAUUCGUUCCACAACACAGCUUUUGGCGCUGGUAAAUGUGGUCUCUCCUCUGAAUUCCGAGAUCCUCAUAAAUUACAUCCUCCCACGGAUGAAAAGAUUUCUUCCAGAAGCGAAGGAGAAUCCCCAGCCUCUAGUUCGGGCAACCUAUGCAGCAUGUUUGGGUAGUCUUGCCACAACUGCCUCUCGGUAUCUUGACAUGAUGGCGACCUUGAGGGCGGAUGGGUCUCUUCCCUCAGCAGAAAUGGAAACAGAGGAUGCCAUUAGCGGAGAACCUGUUUUUGAAGGAUCAUUUGACAACACUCGGGCACUCCUGAUUCUUGAAUUUGAGAUGCACACAAAGUCAUUAAUUACAGAUCCUGAUACCGCCGUCAAACGAGCCUUCCUUGGAUCUGUUCCUGAAUUGUGCAUGUUUUUCGGAACAGCAGACUCCAAUGAUAUUAUCCUAACUCAUCUGAAUACGUACCUCAAUGACCGGAAUUGGACUCUCAAAUGUGCCUUCUUCGAGACUAUUGUUGGAGUUGCUACUUUUCUUGGUGGCACCAGCCUCGAAGAGUUCAUGCUGCCGUUGAUGGUGCAAGCUCUGACUGAUCCGGAGGAGUUCGUAGUCCAGAGUGUUUUACAAUCGUUUGCUAGUAUGGCCGAACUUGGUCUCUUCUCGCGUUCCAAGACUUGGGAGUUGGUAGAUGUUGUUGCACGAUUCACGAUGCAUCCUAAUAUAUGGAUUCGUGAAGCUGCAGCUAGAUUCAUUUAUGCCGCAACCAAGUUUUUGUCUGUAGCGGAUAACCAGUGUAUUAUUUUGCCAUUGAUCAGGCCUUACCUGAAGACCUCAAUCAAUGAGUUUUCUGAGCUGGACAUUCUUGACAACUUGAAGAAGCCUUUUACGCGCCCUCUACUGGAUCUCUCGAUCAACUGGGCUUUGAAAGUGGAUCGGGGCAUCUUUUGGAAACAGGUACACAAAUUACGUACCUUUACAUUCGAUUCCGCUGGCAAGAUUCCGACAACGUUUGGAAAGGACCUCGGCCAGCACGCUCUACAAAAGAUUCCUAAGAAUGAAGAGGAUGAGCAGUGGCUCUCGAAACUUAGAAAUAUGGGUAUGGGCCCGGAGGACGAAAUAAAGCUGGUAUGCCUGCGUGAGUACAUAUGGCGCAUUGCAGUAUCUAAGCCUCGCGAAUCCUCCCCUUCACAUCCUUCAUAUCUCAACAAUAUUAUCAGCCUUCACAGCAAUUUUGGCAUUACGCCACAAACCGUUAUGUUUGAUGAAAAGGCUAGAGAAGAGGAAAUAGGCCAGCAGGACGCGAGACUAUCGAGUGAAAGCAAUCGACCACAUACUAUUAAGGACGCUUUACUCGAUGCUUCUAUGACGAUCGAUGACCCGAUUGCUAUACGACGACGAUCGGCGUUCAACAGCCAUCAAGCUCGACUAAGUGCAGGAAUGCGAUCUCCAAUGAUAUCAAAUGGACACGAUUCUGGAUCGCCCACCACCGCGUCAUCUCACACAUCCCCUCUAGACCCUGGCAGUUCAAGUGCUACCCCUGGCUCCCGUAAGGUAUCCAAUGCCUCCACUGCGCAGAAUGGCAAGAGUGAUGAUGAAGUCACAUUGGCGAGCUUCAACUCCAGAGAACACCAUCAUGUAAUCAAGCAUAGAGGCAGUGCUAUGAAUCUCAUUGGUGCAAAAGGCGGUUCAAAGUCAUCACCAGAGACUGGUACUACCUCAGCAACCGUCUUUGGCAAAGUUGAAGGGCCAUUCUCAAAUGCUGUGGCAGGCCCUUCAUCGGCUUUAGCAAAAGACUUUGAAGUACAGGCUAGCGAUGAGAUCAAAUACCGAGGCGCGCACACAUAUACAGGAAAUGAUCCUAGCAUAUUAAAGAUGCUGGAGACAAUGUAUAUGGAAAACUACCCAAUCGAUGUUGCUGCUUUCGGCCCAAUGAUUACGUCCUCUAGCAGACCAAAGAACAUCAGGAGGAGUACUACCCUACCGGUCAGUCAGCCCUGGAAGCCUGAAGGUAUACUCGUUGCAACUUUCUCAGAGCACAAUGGCGCGAUAAAUCAUAUCGCCAUUGCACCCGAUCAUGUAUUCUUUUUGACUGGGGGUGAUGAUGGAUGUGUGAAGGUUUGGGAUACUGCAAGACUUGAGCGCAACAUAACUCACCGAUCCAGGCAAACCCACAAACAUGCUGCUGGAACUAGGAUCACCGCUUUGUGCUUCGUCGAGAAUGCCUACUCAUUCAUCAGCUGCGCAAGUGAUGGUACUAUUAACGUGGUUAAAGUUGAUUGUAUAUUGAACAGCAAUUCAAUGCGCUACAGUAAACUGCGGCUGUUGCGACAAUAUCAACUUCCAAAGGAUGAAAUGGCUGUCUGGGCCACACAUUUCAAAGCGGAGACAAGCUCAACGUUAAUCAUUGCGACUAAUCUGUCACGAAUUAUCGCUAUUGAUUUACGUGCAAUGAAUGUGCUCUACAUACUUGAGAAUCCGGUUCAUCAUGGCGCUCCUACCUGCUUUGUGGUCGACAAGAAACGUCAGUGGCUGUUACUUGGGACCUCGCAUGGAAUAUUAGACCUGUGGGACUUACGAUUCAAACUCAGACUCAAGGCUUGGGGGAUCGGCAAUAGGGAUGAUGCGUCUAUUCCAUAUACGCCUAUUUACCGCAUGUCUAUACAUCCCACCAAAGGACGAGGAAAAUGGGUAUGCGUCGCCGGUGGAAGUGGUGAUGGUGAGGUUACUGUAUGGGAUAUUGAAAAGACACAGUGCAGAGAAGUGUACCGUACAGUUGGCAGUCGACAUAGCCCAAGGGCCUACGAACCUUGGGUAGUUGAUGAAGAUCGUCCAGAAGGCAUGUUGGGACGAUUUGCAAAAGCUCUGGAACCCAAAGGAGGAAGUACCUCCGAUCGUGGGGUUCGUGCAAUGAUUACUGGAACCGACAACCAUGAUGGCAGCCGGGACUCAAAGUAUGGAUUUAUCAUCACCGGGGGAUCCGAUAAGAAGUUGAGAUUCUGGGACAUCAAUCGGGUGGAGAACUCGAUGGUCGUUAGUGGACUUGAGGCAGAGGAGAAGACUCCAACAUUCUUGUCCGCUCAUCCUACCGCUUCUCUGAUUCUGAAUACCGAGUCUGCAGGUCGUCCAAAUCCUACAGCUCCCAAUGCUGGAGCGGGUUCUCGAGCAUCGAUAUCUAGUAAAUCUACGGCUGUAAAACCGCCGAGAUCAACGGUCAUAUCUCUUCAGCAACAGCAGUUGUUGAAGUCUCAUCUGGAUUCUAUUCUUGAUGUGGCGUUGUUGGAAUCUCCAUAUGGGAUGUUGAUCUCGGUGGAUCGGUCGGGGGUUGUUUUUGUAUUUCAAUGAGGAAUGAGAGCCAAAGAGCUGGGAUUUGAAGGACUUUAGGGCGUUUGUGUGAGAGAAUAUAUGGGAAGGCGUUGGGUUUAGAGUUAGGUAGACUGACAUAGUCGGGGAGAGGCUUUAGAUUCCAACUGUAGUACGAGAUUAUGAUUAGGAUUUGGUUGGUUAGAUACCAAGUUCUUUUGAGGAGAGACUGAGGAAUAUAUCAUGAUAAUCA